AGACAUUGCAGCAACGGCUCAUCCUUUGUGAAUGGAAAUUUCAGCGCCGUGACCGCGCAACAAGCGGCCAGGGGAGGUAUCAAUGGAAUGGGGGCUCUGUGCUCGUGUCUGGGUCAGCGACCUCCUUCGCAAGACGGCGACUUAGACCGCAUCUUAAACUCCGAGCAACCGACAUAUGGCACGCAUGAUACAGGAGGCAUUAUACCCCGAGAUGAAGAAGAGCUGAGGAGAGAGCGCGAUGCUCUUGAGUACAUCACCGCUCGUGCCGCUGACCAUAUGAUCGACAUCAUAAAUCCGAGCCCGGCAGACCUUGACCAAGCCCGCAUUGACGUGAGCAAGCACCGCACUUCGGACACCGGAAGCAGCUCGGCGAAUGGACAGGCGCAAAACCACGAGGAAGAUAGCGAUGAUGAGGAAGCUGCAUGGCUCCGAGAUCUGGAAGAGAACGAUACGGAUGUAGCGGCACCGCAACGAGGAAACCUCGUUAUGGACAUCAGUCUGCUGCGAGAUACGAGUCAUCAGAAUUCGUCCAGGAUUGAAGCAGUGCGAUAGUUGGCAUAUGUCGCUGCUCAAUCUUCUGGAAAGGCUGUGUCGUUGGCGUAAAGCUAGCGAUGGUGCUUGUGUUCUGCCGCACUCGCAGCUCUGCUGCAAUUCCUCAGCCACGCUGGCCUCGGGGCGCUCUCUGGGACAUACGCCUCCCGGAUGAAACUGGCACCGCAACACACUUCUCCAACUCUCCAGGAUUGGAUCGGAGACCAAUGAUCAUUCCUUCGGUUUCGACAUUAUGCUCGCGUAUAUACGCUUCACAUCCCAGCUUCGGCAUUUCAUUUUCUGCUAUCACUGCGCCAUGCUUAGAUAACAAUUGCUGUCUGCGCUAAGAAAACUCCACCGCGCCAGUCGAACCUCGAUUUGAGCCUGUCCCGCUGUGCAUGUCUUGGUCACUGGCGAGGCCUAAACUACCACAGUCGUCAACGUGAGGAUCACACCCAGCAGGCAUCUUUCACUGAUCCACUUGGGCUCCGUCCAAAAGGUAAAGAUAAUCUCGCAACAUUCACACCUGUGCGCGCGUUGCGCGUGUCUUCUGCGAUUGAGUCUCUCAACAAUCGUA